AUGGGUAAUAGAGGAUGCACGGUCUUUGUGGGUAAUAUUGACUUUACCAUACCAGAAGAAACAAUAGUAGAAGAGCUUUCAUCUGUUGGGAGAGUAAUUUCUUUCCGGAUGGUAACAGACAGGGCAACAGGUAAAUCAAAGGGAUAUGGGUUCUGUACAUACGAAUCACCAAUUGUAGCAGACAUAGCAGUGAAUAGACUAAAAAUAAUGCUAAAUAACAGGCCAGUGAAGAUAAACUAUGCAGAUAACAACACAGUGCAACAGCCGCAAGUAGAGCAAGCCAAGCUUGAUAUUGAUGGAAUAGUUUCAACACUAAACAGGCUAUCACCGGAGGAGACAAAAGACAUACUAAAGCACAUGAAACAGCUAGCAUUAAAUAGACCAGAAGAAAUAAGAGCACUACUUACAGAAAACAGUUCUCUUCUCUCUUCACUACUGCAUAUUAUAUUUACGCUAGGACUUGCGCCAAAGGAAACUCUGGAGAGUAUUCUAAACAAAUCAUUUUCAGUGAAAGCACAGCAGGCGCAGAUUAUGACAAGAAUACUGCAGUACCACGAAUAUGAAAUAGAAGACAUUCCACUUCCAGCCCGAGACAAGAUUAGAAAAAUAAGAGAAAGGUUACUAAAGAAGGAGUAACUAAGUAUAAAUACAGU